CGGGGGCGGGGCUGGAGGUGGGGAAGCACCGGCUCCCAGAGUUGAUGUAUAUGGUGUGCGCCUGUGAGGCUCCCGCGUACUCUCUGUAGCGAGGGAGUAAAGCUGAUUGAUUUGGUGCCUAGCCUGAAUGCCAGGGUUGCGGGCCUUGGUGUUGUGACGCUCCACAAAUCCUCCAGUUGAAGAAGACCCGUCGAGCUGACUCUUCCCAGGACUGGUAUUACCUGCGUUCAUUCUAGAAGAUGACUAAUCUAAGUGGAAAAAUGUGGUUUUAAGGACAAGGGGAAGAAAUGAGAACCAAGACCUGUCAUGUAAAGAUAUGAAUUCAUAAAAAUUGACUAUAGUCCUCUGAAGAUUGUCUAGAAUCCUUGAAGAAAAACACAUGGAAGAUGUUAUUUGCUUGAAAAAGAAGUUCCAAACCAGCUGGAAAUGAACUGGUCAAAGUGAUACGUGAAUACCUUGAACACACAGAACAUUAUGGAAGCAGUGGAAAUUUGAGAUUGAUAAUGACAAGAAGUUUGCAACGAGGUCAUUUUAAAGAUGAAUGAGAAAAAAUUGGAAACCACAUCACAACAGCGGAAAUUUCCUGAAUGGAUGUCUAUGCAGAAUAAAGGAUGUGCUGUAGAAGGAAAAAAGGCACAUAUUCAGAAGAGUGUUUUUGAAGAUGAUCUCCCCUUCUUAGAAUUCACUGGCUCUAUUGUGUAUAGUUAUGAAGCUAGUGAUUGCUCUUUCCUAUCAGAAGAUAUUAGCAUGAGUCUGUCUGCUGGAGAUGUGAUAGGAUUUGACAUGGAAUGGCCACCGAUAUACAAUAAACGGAAACUAAGCAGAGUCGCACUAAUUCAAUUGUGUGUGUCUGAGAGCAAAUGUUACUUGUUUCACAUUUCUUCUAUGUCAGUUUUCCCCCAGGGAUUAAAAAUGUUGCUUGAAAAUGAAACAAUUAAAAAGGCAGGUGUAGGAAUCGAAGGAGAUCAGUGGAAACUUCUACGUGACUUUGACAUCAAAUUGAAGAACUUGGUGGAAUUGACAGAGGUUGCCAAUCAGAAGUUGAAAUGUAUGGAGAUCUGGAGCCUCAAUGGUCUGGUUAAACACCUCUUUGGUAAACAGCUUCUGAAAGAGAAGUCUAUCCGCUGUAGCAAUUGGAGUAUUUUCCCUCUUGAUGAGGACCAGAAACUCUAUGCAGCCACCGAUGCUUACGCUGGUCUCAUCAUUUACCGAAAAUUAGAAAGUUUGGGUGAUGCUAUGCAGAUGUUUGAUACAAAUAAAGUGGAGGAAGUCCUACCUAGUGAGAUGAAGAAGCAGUUGACUGCGAUCUCUGAGGAGGUGAUGGAUCUGGCUAAGCAAUUUCCUGACACUUGCAGAAAACUGGAAAAUCCACAGAGGGUUUCUAUAAUACUGAAGAAUAUUUCAGAAAAUCUGUAUUCACUGAGGAAGAUGAUAUUUGCCUCUACUGACAAUGAGCCUGAACUGAGGCCCAGUAGUAAUUUUAACUUAUCAUCAUGGGAGGAUUCAACUGCCGCUGGAGAACAACGGAAGCAGACUAGAGAACAUAAACUUUUUACCAAAGUUAAAGAUGAGACAUGGGACACAACACUUGAUAACUUAAUUGAACGUGAUGGGAAAGGUGUACUUGGAAAUGAAAUAAAACAAGACGAUGACGGCUUUGAAGAUGGAAUAAAAGAUAAAUUGAAAGAAAAUAUGGAAAGAACUUGUUUGAUGUCAUUAGAUAUUACAGACUAUGAACUCCAAAUUUUGGAACAGCAGGCUCAAGAAAAAAAUCUUAGUGAUGUUUCUUUUCAAUCUGCUGAGCAUUUAUCUCCCAAUGAUAAUGAAAAAGAUUCAUCUUAUAUAAUUGAAAGUGAUGAAGAUUUAGAAAUGGAGAUGCUUAAGUCUUUAGAAAACCUAAAUAGUGAUGCUAUAGAAACAGUUCAUUCUGAGUGCUCAGGAAUAGAAGGAAAUUUGAGUCUUCCUACUGGAGAGGACGAAGAUAAAAAUAAAGCCUUUGAAGAGGAAGAAGGUGAGGAAGACCAUUUUUUGCCAGAACCCAAUGCAAAGCAAGUUAUUUGCCUCAAGACUUAUUUUGGCCAUCAUAGUUUUAAACCGGUUCAAUGGAAAGUUAUUCAUUCUGUUUUGGAAGAAAGAAGAGAUAAUGUUGUUGUCAUGGCAACUGGAUAUGGAAAGAGUUUAUGCUUCCAGUACCCACCUGUGUACCUAGGCAAGAUUGGCAUUGUCAUCUCACCUCUUAUUUCCUUGAUGGAAGACCAAGUGCUCCAGCUCAAAAUGUCCAACAUUCCAGCCUGUUUCCUUGGAUCAGCACAAUCAAAACAUGUUCUGGAAGAUGUUAAAUUAGGUAAAUAUUGGAUUAUUUACAUAACUCCAGAAUUCUGUUCAGGUAACUUGGACCUACUCCAGCACCUUCAGGCUAAUAUUGGGAUCACACUUAUUGCUGUGGAUGAAGCUCACUGUAUUUCUGAGUGGGGGCAUGACUUUAGAAGUUCCUUCAGGACAUUGGGCUCCCUAAAGACAGCACUCCCACUGGUUCCAAUAGUUGCACUCACUGCUACUGCAAGUUCUUCGAUCCAGAAAGAUAUUAUACGUUGCUUAAAACUGAACAAUCCUCAGAUCACCUGUACUAGCUUUGAUCGACCAAAUCUGUAUUUAGAAGUUGGACGAAAAACAGGGAAUAUUAUUCAAGAUCUACAGCCAUUUCUUGUCAAAAAGACAAGUUCUGAAUGGGAGUUUGAAGGUCCAACUAUCAUCUAUUGUCCUUCCAGAAAAAUGACAGAAAAAGUCACUUCUGAACUUAGGAAACUAAAUUUAGCCUGUGGAACCUACCAUGCAGGCAUGAAUUUUAACAUGAGGAAAGAUGUUCAUCACAAGUUCAUGAGGGAUGAAAUUCAGUGUGUCAUAGCCACUAUAGCUUUUGGAAUGGGCAUUAAUAAAUCUGAUGUUCGCAAAGUCAUUCAUUAUGGUGCACCUAAGGAAAUGGAAUCAUAUUACCAGGAAAUUGGUAGAGCUGGCCGUGAUGGACUUCAGAGUUCUUGUCAUGUACUCUGGGCUCCAGCAGACUUUAACUUAAAUAGGCACCACUUCAUUGAGAUACGUAAUGAGAAGUUUAGAUCAUACAAAUUAAAGAUGGUGGCAAAAAUGGAAAAAUAUCUUCAUUCCAGCAGAUGUAGGCGGCAGAUCAUUUUGUCUCAUUUUGAGGACAGACAACUACAAAAGGCUUCCUUGGGUGUUAUGGGAACUGAAAACUGCUGUGAUAAUUGCAGGUCCGGAGUGCAUCAUUGCUACUCCAUUAAUGAUUCAGAUGAUACAUCACAGGACUUUGGGCCACAAGCAUUCCUUCUGUUAUCUGCCGUGGACAUCUUACAGGGAAAGUUUGGAAUUGGGGUUCCAAUUUUAUUUCUCCGAGGAUCUAGUUCUCAGCGUAUUCCAGAUCAGUAUCGUAGACACAACCUUUUUGGUGCUGGCAAGGAUCAAACAGAGAGUUGGUGGAAGGCCUUUUCCCGUCACCUCAUAACUGAAGGAUUUUUGGUAGACGUUCCUGGCAAUAACAGAUUUGUAAAGAUUUGCACCCUUACAGUAAAGGGUAGGAAUUGGCUUUUUAAAGCCAAUACAGAAUCUCCUCAGACCCUUGUACUUCAAGCUAAUGAAGAAUUAUGUCUGAAGAAGUUUCUUCUGCCAAGUGCUAGUACUGUAUCUUCGGGCACUGAACAUCAUCCCUCUAAUCAAAUACCAAUUGAAUUAACUGCAGAGAAGGAGUCUAACUUGGAGAAGAUGUAUUCUUACAAAGCACUUGAUAAAAUUUCUCCCGGGAUUAACAUUCCUAAAAAAAGUAUCAUGGUUUCCUCAGAACCUGUUAUGUCAGCCCAGGAGCAAAAGACCCAGACUAUGUUGUAUGGCAAAUUAGUAGAAGCUAGGCAGAGACAUGCCAAUAUAAUGGAUGUUCCUCCAGCUAUUCUGGCAACUAACAAGAUACUGUUGGAUAUGGCCAAAAUGAGACCAACUACAGUUGAAAAUGUAAAACAGAUUGAUGGUGUGUCUGAAGGCAAAGCUGCCAUGCUGGCCCCUCUCUUGGAUGUCAUCAAGCAUUUCUGCCAAGUAAAUAGUGUUCAGACCGACCUCUUUUCUAAUACAAAAGCUCAAGAAGAACAGAAGAAAAGUGUGGAAGUGAAGAAAGGACACUGCUCCCUCCCGAAGUCUGUGGCUGUCACAUAUUCUUUAUUCCAAGAAAAGAAGAUGUCUUUGGACAGCAUAGCCGAGAACAGGAUUCUGCCUCUUACAGCAGUUGGCGUGCACUUAGCCCAAGCAGUGAAAGCUGGCUACUCCCUGGAUAUGGAGCGGGCAGGGCUGACUCCAGAGAUUCAGAAGAUUAUUGCUAAUGUUAUCCGAAACCCUCCCGUCAACUCAGAUAUGAGUAAAAUUAAACUGAUUAGAAUGUUAGUUCCUGAAAACAUUGACACAUACCUUAUCCACAUGGUAAUUGAGAUACUUGAAAGUGAUCACGACAGCAGACUGUUAUGCCAGCCUUCCUGUGAUUCCAGCAAAAAGAGAUGUUUCCCCAACUCUGAGGAGAGCUGUUCAAGUUUGAAAAGAAGCAAGGAAGAGGUUGAUCAAAAACAUCUUGAUAAUUUUUCACUCAAAGACAAAGGUUACAGAAAUUCAUUAAACCUAGCUUCUUGGAAUCAGCCACCUGAUGAUCCAGAACUGGAGGAUUUAUUUUCCGAUUCUCAUUCACAGAUGUCAUCUGCAACCUCAAAGAGAAACCUACCUGAGUGGUUUACCAAAGGAAAUGAGACCAUAGUUGAUACAAGGAAGAAACCAGUGUCCACAACAAAAAAGAAAGGUCUUUUUAGUUAGGUUGGCAAUUAACAGAACAGUUUUGUGUAUCUUACUGUGGUAUAAGAGCUGUAUAAAAGUAGUAAUAUUUUAUCUUAAAAUUUAUUUUAUCCCUAAAGUAAACCUCAUCUAUAUAUUGAAGGACUAGCAUCUUAAAUCAUCCUUCUGCAGUUCAGGUCAACUGUUUGGGUCUUCUAAAAUCCUAAGUGAUUAUAUCAUGUAAUCAUAGAAUAUUAAAUUAGAUUUCCUUCACAUUACUUUCAGGAACUAUGUUGCUGCCCUGUUCUUUAAUCAGUUUAUUGCAAAAAUAUAUUUGGAAAAUAUAAUGUGUGGUAAUUUAGUAAAAAUAACAGAUUGUGUGGUGAUUGUGGGAUAUAAAAUGUUCUUAUGUUACCAAAAUUUUGUCUUAUACAUGUAAGAAAGCAUAGCUAUUUUACAAAUUUACCAUCUUUCCAAAGCAGUCUUUAUAUGCGUUGCUGGAUGUCUAGUAGCUGACAGAUCAAUGAAAAUGAAGCAACAUUUUGGGUUUCAUUAAGUGGGGAAAGAGAAUGUAAUUAAAGAGCCUUCUAAUUGCACUAGCAACUAUGCAAUUUGUAUUUCUAUACAAGUUCUACUCCUUUUCAAAUAAUAAAAUAAUGUCCCUC